AUGGGUAGGAUGCCAUGUUGUGAGAAGGACAAUGUGAAAAGGGGACAGUGGACUCCUGAAGAAGACAACAAGCUCUCUUCCUACAUUGCCCAACACGGCACCCGUAACUGGCGCCUCAUCCCCAAGAAUGCUGGUCUUCAAAGAUGCGGCAAGAGUUGCAGGCUUAGGUGGACUAAUUACCUGCGUCCUGAUCUUAAGCAUGGCCAGUUCUCUGAUGCAGAAGAGCAAACUAUAGUGAAGCUUCAUUCUGUUGUUGGUAACAGAUGGUCACUAAUUGCAGCUCAGCUGCCUGGCCGCACAGACAAUGACGUUAAAAAUCACUGGAACACCAAACUGAAAAAGAAGCUGUCAGGCAUGGGAAUUGAUCCUGUGACCCACAAGCCCUUCUCCCACCUAAUGGCUGAAAUUGCAACCACACUGGCACCCCCACAGGUGGCUCACCUUGCAGAAGCAGCCCUUGGCUGCUUCAAAGAUGAAAUGCUCCAUCUCCUUACUAAGAAGCGCAUUGACUUCCAGAUCCAACAACCCAAUGCAGCACUAGGGAACACCACUGCCACUUAUAUUAACAGUAAUCAAGACGAAAAAGAUGAUACCAUUGAGAAGAUCAAGCUUGGCCUAUCAAGGGCUAUCCAAGAACCUGAGAUGCUACCAUCAAACAAGCCAUGGGACAGUACUGGAGCGACAUCUGAGAAUUUUGCAGGGGCCUGCAGUGCUUUCCCUGCAUCUAUGACUGGAUAUCAGUAUGGCCCGUCAUCUUUUGGCAAUGACGGGGACAGAUCACCAUGGAGCCAGAGUAUGUGUACAGGAAGCACAUGCACAGCAGGGGACCAGCAAGUUCAGUUGCAUGAAAAACUUGAGGAAGAAAAUGGGGAGGAUUCUGAGGGUAGGAAAGGAAUCAGAAAUGGGUCCAGCAUUUUCAGUUCAGACUGUGUCUUAUGGGAUUUGCCAUCUGAUGAUCUAAUGAACCCAAUAGUUUAAGAAAAGUUACAGAACAGGAGU